AGUGAUUUCUCAUUCUUUCCGUUUUAGAUGAAACGCCUAUAGAGCUUGCAGCACACUGGGAAUUUUCUAAACACCUACAGAAUAAAAGGAAAUUAAUGAUUUUAGCACAAAAAAUUACGUUUUAAACUUACCUUGAGUUAUUUUUCAAUAGAAAAUUGUAGAGAACUACGCAUGCUUGUGUAAUACGGUUCACUUUUUCAGAGUGAAGAUCUAUAUUUGUUUUUAAAACUCUAAAUCUCGCUGACAAAAUUUCGAUUCAACGCUUUGUCGUGCACGGCUUAGCCUAAAAUUAAAAGUUUUUUCUGUUCGAGAUUGUGUUGAGUAUGGAUAAGGUUUCAUAAUAUGCUCUUCUAAAGGGAAAGCGUCAUCAGCGACAAAUACGUAAGGCAGGGAUCUAUUAUUGCCAAUAACUUCUGUUCCAGCGUCAAGGGUCAAGUCGAUGAAAUCAAAAAAUGAAAAGCUUUGGUUUGACAGCGAAUUAAUGAUAGCAUUGGAAACUAAGCAGUUUUGGUACUCUAAAUGGAUUAAAGAUAAAACGAACACUAACCUUGAAAGACAGUAUAAAUAUUUCAGAAACAGAUUUACAAGCUUAAAAAGAAACAAAAGAUAUAAUUUUUUAUAAACAAGUUUACCUUAAAUCAGCACUCCUCGUCAAAGACAUGGGGCUGUAUUAAUGAAAUUCUUUAUGGUAAUAACAGGCAAAAGAAUAAUGUUGAUUUGUUAAAAGGUUUAGCUGAUUCACAGGCUGUUAAAAAAAUCAACGAGCUCAACAGACACUUCGCCAAUAUGGGCAAAAUAUUAGCAAAAAAAUACUGUGACAAUACAGAAAGUCAAGUAUUCAGCAUUAUUAAAUCACUAAACAACUCAAACUCAGUCGAUUCUUUAAAUAUGUCCACAAAUAUGUUGAAAGCAUGUAAUGAAGCACUAUGUAACCCAAUUUGUAAUUUUAUUAAUAAAUCUUUUGUUGAGGGUGUUUUUCCAGAUUUGCUAAAAAUUUCCAGAGUGGUCUCCAUUUUUAAGUCGGGCAAUAAGGAUGAUCUAAACAACUAUAGACCAAUUUAUAUUGCGCCGGUAUUGUCUAAAGUUUGGAGAAAAUAGUCAACGGACAGUUGUCAUCUUUUCUUGAAAGGCUUGGUUUGUUGCCAAAGAGGCAAUAUGGCUUUAAAACAAAGUCCAGUACCGAAUCUGCUUUAGUCGGCAUGUUAUCUUCUGUUCAAAAAUUUAAAGAUAAUAAAAGAAUGGUGGCUAUUGUAUUCCUGGAUCUGACGAAAGCAUUUGACACUGUUGACUAUGACAUAUUGCUGAAAAAAUUACAUAGCUUUGGAAUUCGCGGAACAAGUCAUAAGUUGUUUCAUUCUUAUCUAAAUAGUCGCAUCCAAUUUUGUCAAAUAGGGACUACAAAAAGCCAGAAUGAGUCAAUUUCUUAUGGAGUACAGCAGCUUAGAAAAGAAAAUCAACGAAAACCUAGCAAAGUUAGUAGUUUGGAUACAAAAUCAUAAAUUGACACUCAAUAUAAAGAAAACGAAAUAUAUGAUUAUCAGUCCCACUGCCCCACCAUUAAAAAUCGUUAUUUCUGAUGAAAUUUUAGAACAAGUUGAAAACUUUAAAUAUCUUGGUCUAUGGAUUGAUUCGGCACUCAACUGGAAAACACAUACAACGUUUUUAUUUAAAAAACUGUUGUCUGUUGCUGGUGUCUUCAAAAGAAUUGCAUACUUUUUGCCAAACAACGUGAAGACGUCCGUCUUUUAUUCACUUUUCCACAGUCACGUGAGCUAUGCUAUAAUACUAUGGGGUGUUUUCUCCAAAGAAAACAGCGACAAGCUUCAUACCGAAUUUAUUCAUAGCCAGAAUAGGAUAUUAUUGGUACAAGAUUUUAUUAAAUACAAACUGAUCUUGUAUAUUCACGAUAUCUCUAAUGGCGAAUUACAUUCUACCACUCAACUUACGACAAGAAGUGAUCAUAAUGAAAUCAAUACAAGAAGCAAACAACAGAUUCAUCUCGCCAAAAAGAACACAACAAAAUUUGGAACAUCAACAUCAAUCUAUAAGGCAAUUAAAUUAUAUAAUGAAAUUCCUGAAAAUAUGAAGACACUCGAUAAUUAUAAACUAAAAAACUAA